AUGGUCAAUCUACGUGAACUCGAGUCGCACACGUACGUUUUUCUGGUGGAUUUCAGCUCCAUUCGCCCAUCGGCUCACUUCGAACGGAGGUCGGCAAUCAAUAGCCAUGCAGCCAGAAGAAUGCACUUGAAGCGAAGGCAGUCCCGAGGGGAGCAGCUAAAGACAGGGGGAAUGUCAAUCUUGACGUGGCAAGCCCUGGUGCCGAAAGGGCGGAUUAAUGGAAACAGAUCUUGGUGCACGCAUGCCGAGUCUCCACUGUUUGAUGAUGCAUACCAAAGUGAUGCUUGUGAAGUCUUGCCCGACUCCUUUGAGCGAGACAAUAACUACUUGAAAUCAGAGGAAUUAUGUCCGACCGAUCGUUCAGCGGAGGCUGUACGGGGUACAACAUUAAAAGCGACGUCAAAAUCGUUCUUCCACCCAGCGGAAUAUGCCCCGUUGGCUAUGCAGUCUUUCACAUGCACCAAAAAUGAACACGAGCUCUUUCAUUUUCUUCACAAUACAGUCUCGAAGAUCAUUUGUGAUCAUGGUCCAGCAGCACCUCUAUGCUACUUGCUACAAGCGGCGCAUCAGUUCAUCCACGACGAGGCCGUCAUGCAGCUGAUUAUCUCGUUCUCCAGUUAUAUUUACUCUAGCUUCCUUGGAGGAGAUGAGCACCACGAGAGAAAUGGUUUGAGGCAUUUCGUAGAGGGCAUGGCGGUUGUCAUUCAGAAAUUGGGGCAGCCGCAAUCCUCGACGUCUGAGAGCACCAUUCAAGCGGUAAUGUUGAUGUCGGCAAUUGAGGCCCUUGCCGGAAAUAUGGAGGGAGUCAAGACUCACAUUUCGGCGGCGAGACUGAUGGUCAAAAUGCGUGGAGGCCUGGAAACACUCUGCCCGCUUCUGCUAUGGCAAAUAUGCUCGGCCGAGCCACGUAUCUUCGAAACCACCGGUCUAGAGACGUUUCCUUGUACGGAUCGCCACUUCGGCUUGUUCCUUCUGAAUUACCGACCGGAUGUUGGCAUGGAGCACACCACUCUCAGCGGAACAUCGCCUUUCGACAAACAACCUGUCGACGAUGUACUGGAGUUCUGUGAUCCUCUCGAUCUGCCCCCUAACCUUUACCUCUCAGCUUGCGUCACCGAGCUUUUGUUAGUAACGAGGCAAUUCCGAGAGCUCAGCGAGGCAAGAAAUCAGCUUCGUGAAGAUCAAGAAAGCCAGCGUCCUUCACCGUACCCUUCUGCGUGGUGCUUCUCGGUAUCUAACGCUGUUCGUUCGCCACAUUUUUCAAUCCUCAACCCAGAAAGCAUGCAACUGGGACCCUGCAGCGUCAACAACAACGAAAAGGCAAAAUCCUCACAAAAGCACGACACAACGCGCCUGGUGUGCUUGUUUUAUAUCCAUGCAACACUGUGGAGGUAUAGACACGAGCCAACUGAGACGGAUAGGUACGUACGACGCAUGGUUCAAGAUGUGCAACAAAAUCUACAACUGAGCCAAACACUUGACGCAUUAAGCUGGGUACUUGUCUGGCUUUGUCUAAGUGACGAAAAUCUAAAGACAGAUGACAAAGAGAUUGGUUGGAGAGGGCUGACGAGGUUGGUUUCGCGGUUAACCCGUGUUGCGGGAAGGCUGGGCAAGCAGAGCCGGAGGAAUCUGGAGCUCGCCAUGUUUGAAGGCCUGGUGGGCCAACAGCAGUUAUCAGCAGUUGGGCAGGGUGAACGUGGUAAGAGUGCCGAGCAUCCUAACAGAACCACCGGUGGCUGGAGGUGGCCGGAACCGGAGGAGGUCUGGAAGGAAUUCAUCGCAUGA